AUGAAAUCUUCAAAAUUGUCUAGGCGCUAUACAAGCAUCAAGAGGAAUGCCAGUCAACUGUACCCUUACAGGGAGCCACUACAGUUCAGCAACUUGGAUGACAGUGAUAAUGAUGAUGAAAGAGGGGACAGCAAUGAUCCAGAACAAAUCUUUCAGAACAUACAGUUUCAGAAAGACCUCAUGGCCACAAUUCGCUGCAGACCAUGGCCUAUGAAGCAGAAGCUAAAAGCUCUCAGACGAGCUAAAGAGAUCGUGUUGAAGUUUGAAGGGAGGCUGACUAGGACAAGAGGCUAUCAAGCAGCAGGUGCUGAUCUCUGGCGGAAAUUUGUCCGGCUUGCCUAUAACUUUGUGGUCAUCUUCAUUCCAUGGGAAAUGAGAAUAAAGAAAAUAGAAAGUCAUUUUGGAUCUGGUGUUGCCUCCUAUUUUAUCUUUUUGAGAUGGCUGUUUGGAAUUAACAUCGUGCUUACCAUAAUGACGGGUGCUUUUAUUGUUCUUCCAGAGCUGAUUGCAGGGCAGCCUUUUGGAAGCACCAUCAGCAAGACUAUUCCCAAGGACCAUGUUGCUUCGGCACAGGACUUGGACACCGUCUGGUCCCUGGGGGGCUAUCUCAAGUACUCUGUUUUAUUUUAUGGCUACUAUGGCAAGGAGAGGAAGAUCGGCAAAGCUGGUUACCGGUUGCCUUUGGCUUACUUCCUGGUUGGCAUGGCGGUGUUUGUUUACAGCUUUAUCAUUCUGCUAAAGAAAAUGGCAAAGAAUUCCAGAAUGAGCCUUGCAAGUGCAUCCAAUGAAAACUACACAUUUUGCUGGCGGGUGUUUUGUGCUUGGGAUUAUCUCAUAGGAAACCCAGAGGCUGCAGAGAGCAAGGCUGCUGCCAUUGUGAAUAGCAUCAGGGAAGCUAUCUUGGAGGAACAAGAGAAGAAGAAAAGCAAAAAAUUGGCAGUGACCAUAUGUCUCCGGAUCAUCGCAAACAUCCUAGUGCUCCUCUCACUUGCUGGGAGCAUUUAUCUCAUCUACUUUGUGGUGGAUCGGUCCCAGAAGCUGGAGCGGACCAAAGAGGAACUGACCCUUUGGGAAAAGAAUGAGGUCAGUGUGGUAGUUUCUCUGAUUACCAUGAUAGCUCCUUCUGCCUUUGAACUUGUGGCUGCAUUAGAGAUGUACCACCCACGAACCACAUUGCGAUUCCAGCUCGCGAGGGUUCUUGUAUUAUAUCUAGGAAACCUGUACAGCUUAAUCAUUGCACUUCUGGACAAAGUGAACAGCAUGAGUAUCGCUGAAGACGAAGCUAAAAAUAACGCAAGCAAUUGGGUAGAUUCUGCUCACUUCCUACCCACAAGAGCACUUCCUGAGGAAGAGAAAUGGUCCCCAACUAUUCCUGGUAUCCAAGUGAAACAAAACAGCACAAUUCAGAGUUACCUGGUACCCACUAAUAAGACAACUUCCUAUAACUACAAUGUGCAUAAUCAACAAGACCAUUGCUGGGAAACAUAUGUUGGACAGGAAAUGCUGAAGCUCUCCAUUAUUGAUAUGAUUUUCACAGUGGCAAGCAUUCUGCUUAUUGACUUUUUCCGUGGUCUUUUUGUUCGAUAUUUAAGUGACUGUUGGUGUUGGGACCUGGAAAGCAAGUUUCCUGAAUAUGGAGAAUUCAAAAUAGCUGAAAAUGUGCUCCAUUUGGUCUACAACCAAGGAAUGAUUUGGAUGGGAGCUUUUUUCUCACCCUGUCUUCCAGCAUUCAAUGUUCUCAAAUUGAUUGGUCUGAUGUAUUUACGGAGCUGGGCUGUGCUGACCUGUAAUGUACCCCAUCAGCAAGUUUUCAGAGCUUCCAGAUCCAAUAACUUCUACUUGGCAAUGUUGCUGUUCAUGCUGUUUCUGUGCAUGCUGCCGACAAUCUUUGCUAUUGCCCGUUAUAAGCCAUCUUUAAACUGUGGUCCCUUCAGCGGGCAAGAGAAGAUCUAUGAUAUUGUGUCUGAAACUAUUAAGAAUGAUUUUCCCUUGUGGUUCAACUCAGUGAUUGGCUAUGUUAGCAGCCCAAUUGUCAUUCUUCCUGCUUUGCUUCUUCUCUUCAUGCUGAUCUAUUACCUUCAGAGUAUUGCAAGAUCACUGAAGUUCACCAACAGUCAGCUGAGAAUGCAAAUUCAAAGUGAUAGAUCUGAAGACAAGAAAAAAGUUGCCCAAAUGAUAGGAGCCAGGACCCAGACCCAGGAGGGAAGCAAGAAGAAACCUCCAGAAAGUGAUCUUGUCAAUCAGCAGGCCUCAACUCACUCAGUGACUCCCAGGAAAAAUGGCGACGUGGUCAGCUUUGACUCCCCAGGCAGCAGAGUUCCAACCAUUUCACAAGCUAUACCUCAGACUAGGAUCUCCAAGUCAGUGGAGAUAUCUUCCCCAGUUACUGGUAUCUCCAAGGCACGAUCUGAGCCCAUCGACAACAGGUAUCCAUAUAUUACACAUGAUAGUGACCUCUGCAAGACCAAGCCCUGCACCCCAGUUACUUUCAAGAAGCACUUGGAGGAUAUCUACUCAGAGCCUGUCUUUCAAAAAGGCAUCCAGCAAAUGCACCCUGAUGUGCUUGGAAUGGGAGCCCCAGGGUUUGUAGGAGGACGAACUCAUGUCCCUAGAUAUUACAUUGUUAACGAGAGGGAAUCCCGCCGAAAGCCUCAUUCCAUCUCCCGAUCACCAAGACACUUUCAUAGGGAAAACAUGGGUGACUUUGGGGAGGUAUAUCAAAGGAACAAAAGGGGCUAUGUAUUAUCAAAACCCCACCAUGUCUACACCCCACAUUUGAGUGAUGAAGAGGAAGAGGAGGAAUUGAGAAGGGACAUAUUCAAUAGAUCCUUUCGUCCACGAUCCCUCUCAGACCUUCAUCAGCCACCUCAUUUUUACAUUGGUGAACGAAGAGAGAACCAAAUCUUGGCUGCUGAAGACCUGGCCAGGAUGCACUACCAGUCUUGGAAUGGUGGCUUUGAGGUAGACCGCUACCGACCAGUUUAUUUGUAUAAAAAGCCUCGCUUACGGAAUUUUGACCCAGAACCCCGCUACCCAGAGCAUUUCAUGAAAUCAAGAACCAAACAAAAGAUGGAACCAUCCUUUACAGAGUCAGACUCAGUAUCUGCCUCUAGCAGUGACCAGCAAAAUAGUAGCACUGAUCAAUACAUCCAAGUCAUUCAUAAUAAAGACAAGUACCUGAAGUCUGCAGGCAAGUUUAGCAAAAAGAAAUCCAAGUCUAAGCUUGAACUGACUACUGCAGAUCCCAGUGAAUUGAUUUGUUCAAAUGUCUAGAUAGAGUGGAUUUGUUGUUACUUCUGGAACACAGCAGCACAUCAUGGUGAUUCUGGGAUCAAGAAUGAGGGUACACAUUAGAGACUUUCUGGAAAGAGAAAUGAAUCGUAUAUCAUGAUGGAACAAUGGGACUAAGAUUUGGCCUGUAAGUGAAAUCAAUCCAUGAUGUACUGUAUACUCAUGAAUCCCCAAUGCUCUGAAGCCUUUCUGUUCUAGAACAUCAGCAACAAGUGUGUAUAUGGACAACCAUUUAAUAUAGAUCAAGUUCUUCUGGGCAGUGGAUUACAGGCAAACAUUUGGCAACGUUCCUGAUGUUUGAAGUCCGAGGAAAAGGUCAAGUAACUCAAGCUGUCUUUCCAUCUCAUUCUGCUUCAAAAAGGGUGAAGUCACUGCCAUUGGAGAGUCUCCUUUUAUGUAACUGAGACAACUCCAAUUAGUUG